AUGACUGGCGUCAUGGGCAGUACAUCAAGUAACGCAACGUUUUCUACAACCUACGGAUUAUUUGUCGAUGACUUGGGUUAUAUCUAUGUCAGUGAUGCAGGGAAUUACCGAGUGAUACGCUUCCCACCGAAUUCAACGAGUAGUACGAUUGGUAGCACCAUAGCUGGGACAGGUUUAGCUGGGUACGGACGUCAAGGAUUAGACAGUUCACGUGGAAUCUUUGUCAAUAGUGAUGGAGCACUGUACAUAGCUGAUACGAAUAACCACAGGAUUCAAAAAUGGAAUUCUGGAGCUUGCUAUGGAGUAACUACUGCUGGUACAGGAUACACAGGAAAUAGUCUUGGUCAACUACAAAAUCCGAGUUCAGUUGUUGUUGACAGUAAUGGAUACAUGUAUAUAAGUGACCAGAACAAUCAUCGAGUUCUUCGUUGGGCACCCGAAGCUUGUGCGGGUGAAUGUAUUGCAGGCUGUUCGAUGACUAUCGGAACGAGACCCGAUCAAUUGUUUUAUCCAUUCAGUAUAGCAUUUGAUAGCCAAGGUUCACUUUAUGUUAGUGAUACAUCGAAUAAUCGAGUGCAGAAAUUUGCAAUACUCAACAAUACCGAAGCAGUACUCGUACCUACUGCUCAAUGGGUAACUAAUGCAACAACAGUGGCAGGAUCGCCAACCGGUGGAUCUGGGUCGACAUCAUCGUUACUAAGUUCCAAUUAUGGUAUACGUAUUACGAACGAUGGUACUCUAUACAUUGCUGACAGAAGCAAUCAUCGAGUGGUUGUUGUCUAUCCGAACUCGACUAUAGCUGGUGCAAUAAUUGGCAGUGGUUACGGUAAUGGAUUAACUCAAAUGAACUCUCCAUCGGAUGUUUUCGUCACAAGUGAUGGAAUCUAUGUGCUCGAUUCUUCAAACUAUCGUGUUCUAAAAUUGCAAAAAAACGGAACCAAUCCGACUAUUGUAGCAGGCAGCACUGGCGUACUGGGCACUACGUCGAGUUACAAUACAUUUGGUGCAAGCUAUCAGAUGUUCAUUGAUAUUUCCGGUAAUAUCUAUGUAAGUGAUCAAUCGAAUCAUCGAGUGCUACGUUUUCCACCGAAUUCAUCGAGUGGUACGAAUGCUAACGUAAUAGCUGGGAUAGGCAGCUCUGGAUAUGGCCCUAGUCAACUCAAUACUCCAUAUGGUAUAUUUGUUGAUAGUGCUCGUACCUUGUACAUUGCUGAUACAAAUAAUCAUCGUAUUCAACGAUGGAAAUACAAUGCUUGUUCGGGUACCACUGUUGCCGGUCGUGCUGGCCAAACAGGUAGUGCGUUGUAUUUACUGCAAUACCCCUCAUCGGUGGUUGUUGAUAUCAAUGGAUAUAUUUAUAUCUGUGAUAAAAAUAAUAAUCGAGUUCUUCGUUGGGCACCCGAAGCUUGUGCGGGUGAAUGUACUGCAGGCUGUUCGAUGACUAUCGGAACGAGACCCGAUCAAUUGUUUUAUCCAUUCAGUGUAGCAUUUGACAGCCAAGGUUCACUUUAUGUUAGUGAUACAUCCAAUAAUCGAGUUCAGAAAUUUUCAGUAUUCAACAAUGUCUGUGAGUAUUGUAUAGCAUGGCGCUAA